AUGAACUACCUGGAACGUCAUUUGAAAAGAUGUCCAAUGUUGGUAUCUUACGAAUCCUGGGAAUGUUCUCGUUGCGGGAGAAAGUACAGUAGUAAAGAUUAUCGUAAUGUACACGAGAAGGAUUGUGGGAAUCCCGAAUCUUCAAAACGUCGCAUCAACAUCAGUGUGAAAAUUAAACAAUGUCAACAUUGUGGUAAAAUAUUUACAAGGCAAAACUAUUUUACGAAACAUAAAAGAACACAUACUGGAGAACGUCCAUAUCAAUGUCGACAUUGUGAUAAGACAUUUACACAGCAAGGUGACAUGAAGAGACACGAAAGAAUACAUAGUGGAGAACGUCCAUAUCAAUGUCGACAUUGUGAUAAGACAUUCGCAGAUCAAAGUAACCGGAAGCAGCACGAAAGAAUACAUAGUGGAGAACGUCCAUAUCAAUGUCGACAUUGUGAUAGGACAUUUACACAGCAAGGUCCAAUGAAGGUACACGAAAGAAUACAUAGUGGAGAACGUCCAUAUCAAUGUCGACAUUGUGAUAAGACAUUCGCAGAUCAAGGUAGCUGGAAGCGGCACGAAAGAUUACAUAGUGGAGAACGUCCAUAUCAAUGUCGACAUUGUGAUAAGACAUUCGCAGAUCAAGGUAGCUGGAAGCGGCACGAAAGAAUACAUAGUGGAGAACGUCCAUAUCAAUGUCGACAUUGUGAUAAGACAUUUACACAGCAAGGUGACAUGAAGAGACACGAAAGAAUACAUAGUGGAGAACGUCCAUAUCAAUGUCGACAUUGUGAUAAGACAUUCGCCGAUCAAAGUAACCGGAAGCAGCACGAAAGAAUACAUAGUGGAGAACGUCCAUAUCAAUGUCGACAUUGUGAUAGGACAUUUACACAGCAAGGUCCAAUGAAGGUACACGAAAGAAUACAUAGUGGAGAACGUCCAUAUCAAUGUCGACAUUGUGAUAAGACAUUCGCAGAUCAAGGUAGCUGGAAGCGGCACGAAAGAAUACAUAGUGGAGAACGUCCAUAUCAAUGUCGACAUUGUGAUAAGACAUUCGCAGAUCAAGGUAGCUGGAAGCGGCACGAAAGAAUACAUAGUGGAGAACGUCCAUAUCAAUGUCGACAUUGUGAUAAGACAUUUACACGGCAAGGUCCAAUGAAGAUACACGAAAGAAUACAUAGUGGAGAACGUCCAUAUCAAUGUCGACAUUGUGAUAAGACAUUCGCCGAUCAAAUUAGCUGGAAGCGGCACGAAAGAAUACAUAGUGGAGAACGUCCAUAUCAAUGUCGACAUUGUGAUAAGACAUUUACACAGCAAGGUGACAUGAAGAGACACGAAAGAAUACAUAGUGGAGAACGUUCAUAUCAAUGUCGACAUUGUGAUAAGACAUUCGUAGAUCAAGGUAGCUGGAAGCGGCACGAGAGAAUACAUAGUGGAGAACGUCCAUAUCAAUGUCGACAUUGUAAUAAGACAUUCGCCGAUCAAAUUAGCUUGAAGACACACGAAAGAAUACAUAGUGGAGAACGUCCAUAUCAAUAUCGACAUUGUGAUAAGACAUUUACACAGCAACAUACGUUGAAGAGACACAAAGGAAACCACUGA